AGGGCUGCUGGCUGGCGGUGGGACGCCCGGAGAGGCCAGGGGGGCGUCCGAAGCUCUGGCCCACGUGACCUGCCGGGGGCGGGCGCCGGGGGCGCGCUCCGGCCUCCCGCGGUGCCCCUGCCUGGCUCGGCGUCGCCGCGGGGACCCGCCCGGGGGAAGCGCCGUGGUCGCGGGUCUGCGGCCGGAGGCACUCAGCCCUGCAGCGGCACCGCGUUCCUCUGAGCCGCUGCCCGGAGGGAGAAAUGUUGCGGAAGGGGCCAGAGGCGCAAGGAUUUGGGACACACGUGCACCUUUAAGCUACCUGACAUUGACCUCCUUUCAUUAUUAAUAAAGAAGAAGCAGGAGCUUAGGAUGUAUUAACUGUCUCAUUAAUGUACUAACCGGACAGUCUGCAAACUCCUCUGCGCUCUAAAGACCUGGACUGGACAGGAGACAGUAAUUUCACGUUUCUCAGCAUAUAAUAUGACUCGAUGGAGGGAAAUUUGCUAACCAUGAGGGAAGACCAUUCUUUUCAUGUUCGCUACAGAAUGGAAGCUUCUUGCCUUGAGCUGGCCUUGGAAGGAGAGCGCCUGUGUAAAUCGGGGGACUGCCGCGCUGGCGUGUCCUUUUUUGAAGCUGCAGUUCAAGUUGGAACUGAGGACCUCAAAACCCUCAGUGCUAUUUACAGCCAGCUGGGCAACGCUUACUUCUACUUACACGACUAUGCCAAAGCCCUAGAGUACCACCACCACGACUUAACGCUCGCCAGGACUAUUGGAGAUCAACUGGGGGAGGCUAAAGCCAGUGGCAACCUUGGAAACACCUUAAAAGUGCUUGGGAAUUUUGAUGAAGCCAUAGUGUGCUGCCAGCGACACCUGGACAUCUCCAGAGAACUCAACGACAAGGUGGGAGAAGCGCGGGCACUCUACAACCUUGGAAAUGUGUACCAUGCCAAAGGGAAGAGUUUUGGUUGCCCCGGGCCCCAGGAUGUCGGAGAGUUUCCAGAAGAAGUGAGGAAUGCCUUGCAGGCAGCUGUGGAUCUCUACGAGGAAAACCUGUCGUUAGUAACUGCUCUAGGUGACCGAGCAGCGCAAGGACGGGCCUUUGGGAAUCUCGGCAACACACACUACCUCCUUGGCAACUUCAGGGAUGCAGUUAUAGCUCACGAGCAGCGGCUCCUUAUUGCGAAAGAGUUCGGAGAUAAAGCUGCCGAAAGGAGAGCCUACAGUAACCUCGGAAACGCAUACAUCUUCCUGGGGGAAUUCGAAACCGCUUCCGAAUACUACCGGAAGACACUGCUGCUGGCUCGGCAGCUUAAAGACAGAGCCGUGGAAGCUCAGUCCUGCUACAGUCUUGGGAACACGUACACUUUGCUGCAGGACUACGAGAAGGCCAUCGACUAUCAUCUGAAGCACUUAGCAAUUGCUCAGGAACUCAAGGACAGAAUUGGUGAAGGACGAGCAUGUUGGAGUUUAGGAAACGCAUACACGGCUCUAGGAAAUCAUGACCAAGCAAUGCAUUUUGCUGAAAAGCACUUGGACAUUUCAAGAGAGGUUGGGGACAAAAGCGGUGAACUGACCGCACGGCUAAACCUCUCAGACCUGCAGAUGGUUCUUGGUCUGAGCUACAGCACAAAUAAUUCCAUGAUGUCUGAAAAUAUUGAACUUGAUGGCAGCUUACAUGGUUCACGCUCCAAGCUGGGACGAAGACACAGUAUGGAAAAUAUGGAACUUAUGAAGUUAACACCAGAAAAGGUCCCAAACUGGAAUAGUGAAAUUCUUGCUAAACAAAAGCCUCUUCUUGCCAAGCCCUCUGCAAAGCUGCUGUUUGUCAGCAGGCUGAAGGGGAAGAAGUGCAAAGGCAGCACCGGCGCUAAAGUUCUUCAGGACGCCAGCAACUCCAUCGACCACCGCGCCCCAAAUCCUCAGAAGAAAAUCAGUGCAGACAGUAUUGGAGAUGAAGGAUUCUUUGACUUACUACGGCGAUUUCAGAGCAACAGGAUGGAUGACCAGAGGUGCUGCCUACAGGAGAACUGUCGUGCAGCACCCACAGCAGCAGCUUCUGCCACCCCCAAGGUGGGGAAAGCACCAUCUGUUUCUGUGGUGUCCCCCAACACAGAUGAGUUCUUAGAUCUUCUUGCCAGCUCACAGAGCCGCCGCCUGGAUGACCAGAGGGCCAGUUUCAGUAAUUUGCCAGGGCUCCGUCUGACAAAAAACAACAAUCAGUCUGUACUUGAGCGCCUGGUGACAAAUGACAAGAAAGAGCCCGAUGAAGACUUCUUCGACAUCCUUGUAAAGUGUCAAGGGUCCAGAUUAGAUGAUCAAAGAUGUGCUCCACCACCUGCUACCACCAAGGGGCCAACUGUCCCCGAUGAAGACUUUUUUAGCCUCAUUUUACGCUCUCAAGCUAAAAGAAUGGAUGAACAAAGAGUUCUUCUACAGAGAGAUCCAAACAGAGGUACUGAGUUUGGACUAAAGGAACUUUUGCAAAAUAAUGCUUUGCUGGAAUUUAAGCAUUCAGGAAAGUAACUACCGAACCACUAGAUGCUGUUGUGGUAUUUUCUACUACAGAAGACUAGCUCCCUUCGGAACACUGCAGGGAGAUCCACCCUUUUCCAGAGGAGGAAACGACGGCACUGUAGUUAACAUGUUUUUAGGAUGUAAAUGCUGAAGUACUCAGGGACUGACAUUCUCGUAGACGUUUGUUUCAGGGCAGAAUGUCCUGUAGGUGCUCCAGCAACUUACCGUUAGAUUCCUUGACUAGCGUUUGUGAACUAGGAAUUUAAAUGAUCCCUACAUUAGAAUUCAGUCCUCUUACUGAGGUCAUUUUUUAAGGAAUGAGUUGAUAAUGACUUUUUUUAUACUUACCCUUGAACAUAGUGGACUGCAUUGUUUAUUGAAAAUAAUGUAAAUGUCCUAUGUAAAAAAGAUGAAAAAUAGUCAU